AUAGGAGUGCGGUUUGCGCGCAGUGAUCCUCCCUUGCCUUUCAUGGUGACCCAGACUCUGCCCUGGCAGGUGCACCACGUGUCUCAAAAAAGGAGAAGCAGCGCAACAGCUGAGGUCAGUAACUCAAACAUUCCCAUCCACCAUUUGCCACUGCCAGCACCACACCCUAACACCACCUCAACACCUCAUCCUCUCACCUCACCCCUCCCAAAAACAUACCUCCAAUGUGUCAUGGCAGCAUGUUUGUGGAAUAACGUGAACAACUCAAACAACCACUUAGAUUUCAAGCCAUUUCAGAUACCUCUUCAUUUAAUGUUUUUGAUUAGUUAACGUCGCACACAAUGUGCUGUGCUGAGGUGACUGCUGUGGAGUAGGAGUCAUAUUCUCACCCACUGCAUGUUCUUGAAUAAGUGAAUGUUGACUGAGGUCCUUGACUUAACAUCCAGCCAGGCAGUAGUCAUGUGUUACAGCAGCAGUGAAGGCUCAGGCUGGGAAUGGGAUUAAGAGUAGGAUGUGGGGGAUGGUAUCAGUGUACAAGAGAGCCUGUGGAGAGAGGGGGAAGAUAGGCCAUGCUACAGUUGAAGUUGGAAGUUUACAUACACUUAGGUUGGAGUCAUUAAAACUUGUUUUUCAACCACUCCACAAACUUCUUGUUAACAAACUAUAGUUUUGGCAAGUCGGUUAGGACAUCUACUUUGUGCAUGACACAAGUAAUUUUUCCAACAAUUGUUUACAGACAGAUGAUUUCACUUAUAAUUCACUGGAUCACAAUUCCAGUGGGUCAGAAGUUUACAUACACUAAGUUGACUGUGACUUUAAACUGCUUGGAAAAUUCCAGAAAAUGAUGUCAUGGCUUUAGAAGCUUCUGAUAGGCUAAUUCACAUCAUUUGAGUCAAUUGGAGGUGUACCUGUGGAUGUAUUUCAAGGCCUACCUUCAAACUCAGUGCCUCUUUGCUUGACAUCAUCGGAAAAUCAAAAGAAAUCAGCCAAGACUACAGAAAAAAAAUUGUAGACCUCCACAAGUCUGGUUCAUCCUUGGGAGCAAUUUCCAAAUGCCUGAAGGUACUACGUUAAUCUGUACAAACAAUAGUACCAAGUAUAAACACAAUGGGACCACGCAGCCAUCAUACCGCUUAGAAAGGAGAUGAGUUCUGUCUCCUAGAGAUUAACGUACUUUUGUGCGAAAAGUGCAAAUCAAUCCCAGAACAACAGCAAAGGACCUUGUGAAGAUGCUGGAGGAAACAGGUGCAAAAGUAUCUAUAUCCACAGUAAAACGAGUCCUAUAUCGACAUAAUCUGAAAGGCCGCUCAGCAAGGAAGAAGCCACUGCUCCAAAACUGCCAUAAAAAAGCCAGACUAUGGUUUGCAACUGCACAUGGGGACAAAUAUCAUACUUUUUGGAGAAAUGUCCUCUGUUCUGAGUAAACAAAAUGUUAACUGUUUGGCCAUAAUGACCAUCAUUAUGUUUGGAGGAAAAAGGGGGUGACUUGCAAACCGAAGAACACCAUCCCAACCGUGAAGAACGGGGGUGGCAGCAUCAUGCUGUGGGGGUGCUUUGCUGCAGGACGGACUGGUGCACUUCACAAAAUAGAUGGCAUCAUGAGGAAGGAAAAUUAUGUGGAUAUGUUGAAGCAACAUAUCAAGACAUCAGUCAGGAAGUUAAAGCUUGGUUGUGGCAAAUGUGGCAAAAUGGCUUAAGGGCAACAAAGUCAAGGUAUUUGAGUGGCCAUCACAAAGCCCUGACCUCAAUCCUAUAGAAAGUUUGUGGGCAGAACUGAAAAAGCAUGUGCGAGCAAGGAUGCCUACAAACCUGACUCCGUUACACCAGCUCUGUCAGGAGGAAUGGGUCAAAUCUUCACCCAACUUAUUGUGGGAAGCUUGUGGAAGGCUACCCGAAACGUUUGACCCAAGUGAAACAAUUUAAAGGCAAUGCUUCCAAAUACUAAUUGUGUGUAUGUAAACUUCUUACCCACUGGGAAUGUGAUGAAAUAAAUAAAAGCUGAAAUAAAUCAUUCUCUCUACUAUUACUCUGACAUUUCACAUUCUUAAAAUAAAGUGGUGAUCCUAACUGACUUAAGACAGGACAUUUUAAUAGGAUUAAAUGUCAGGAAUUGUGAAAAACUGAGUUGAAAUGUAUUUGGCUUAGGUGUAUGUCAACUUCCGACUUCAACUGUAUCUGAGAACUAUUUCAUGAGAAAGAAUGGAAUUUGAAAAGAAAGUUACGUGGCCGCAGUCAAUAACUUUUGGUAUUACAAUAACAAGACAAAGCAGCCUUUGCUUUUGAAAAGCCUGAUCUGAAAUUACUUUAAAAUGGUUGCUGUCAGACAUGAUGUAGGCCUCAGCUCCACAGAGACAGACAGACAGGCAGACAGGCAGGCAGGCAGGCCGAUAGGUACAGUAGACAGACAGAUGAACAGGCAGGCCAAACCAAGGCUUCACCUCCUCCAGCAGGUGGUACCUGUAAUCCCUAUUGAGGGGAUUUGUGUCUGCGGACAUUACCUAGACUGGAGAUUGGAGAGGUAGUAGGUGUGGCUCUGCUAAAGGUCAAGGACCAAAGUUGUGUCAAGAACAUGUGCAGCUUUAGCUGUGUGAUCUCUGGUUAAAGGGAUAGCAAUCUGCUGAUAUAAUGAACUUAACAAAUGUACAGAGGAAGGGAAGUAUAUAAUGGUCUAGAGGUAUCUACAGUGGCUUGCGAAAGUAUUCACCCCCCUUGGCAUUUUUCCUAUUUUGUUGCCUUACAACCUGGAAUUAAAAUAGAUUUUUGGGGGGUUUGUAUUACUUGAUUUACACAACAUGCCUACCACUUCCACUUUGAAGAUGCAACAUAUUUUUUAUUGUGAAACAAACAAGAAUAAGACCAAAAAACUGAAAACUUGAGCGUGCAUAACUAUUCACCCCCCCCCCCCCCCCCCCCCCCCCCCCAAGUCAAUACUUUGUAGAGCCACCUUUUGCAGCAAUUACAGCUGCAAGUCUCUUGGGGUAUGUCUCUAUAAGCUUGGUACACCUAGCCACUGGGACUUUUGCCCAUUCUUCAAGGCAAAACUACUCCAGCUCCUUCAAGUUGGAUGGGUUCCACUGGUGUACAGCAAUAUUUAAGUAAUACUACCGAUUCUCAAUUGGAUUGAGGUCUGGGCUUUGACUAGGCCAGCAAACGUAUUUGCUUAUUUUUAUCUUUAAGCAAUGGCUUUUUUUCUGGCCACUCUACCGUAAAGCCCAGCUCUGUGGAGUGUACGGCUUAAAGUGGUCCUAUGGACAGAUACUCCAAUCUCCGCUGUGGAGAUUGGAGUAUAAUUUCACUUCACCAAUUUCACCAAUUUUGUGUAUGUCCAUUACAUGAAAUCCAAAUAAAAAUCCAUUUAAAUUACAGGUUGUAAUGCAACAAAAUAGGAAAAACGCCAAGGGGGAUGAAUACUUUUGCAAGUCACUGUAACAGUGCUCAGUAUAGUUUCCCCAGACAUUUAUUAUGAAAAUCUCAUGAAAUCAUUAGAGGGUGCAUACUUUUUGUUAGUCUGCCAUACUCAUCAGAUGCCAUAGAGGGUGCCAUAGUCAUUCUGACACAAAGAGACAAAAGCAUACUGACAGAGGGAUGUAUUGCAUAACUUAGCCUUUUCUAUGCCAUUGUGAUGAUAGAAUUACACAAUAAACAGCUAAUUAACAACACAUUUGGAUCCAACAAUGCACAGCAUUUUCAAUGCCUCUGGGCCCUACAUUCUUGUAUUGCUGAAUGCUACAAUCAUCAAUUACCAACAUUUCCAGAAUUGGCUACUGAAACACCACUACAAAAUUACAUUGCUGCCUGUCUGCAAGUUGGGCUGUCUUGGAAUGGCAUGUGAAGAAUGACGCAAUCAUGUUCCAAACAUUCCACCUCUGACGUUUACACUGAGCAAACAGGAAAUGGACAAUAAGGCAUGCCUGCAGUAGCCUAGCAAUUAAUGUGUGUGUUUGUGAGUGUGUGUGUGUGUGUGCGUGCAGGCGCACGUAUGUGUAAGUGAUAGGGAUGCAAUCUGCAGUUGCUACAUCCAUUAUUUUAAACGUAUAUAUUAUAUGUAACCAUUGAUUCUGGAAGAAUAUAACCUAUAAAUGCCUCGUGAGCUUAGUUUAACUGCAGAACCCCAUCAGAACCCGAAAUAUAAGCUUGUUUUACUCCAAUGUUUGUAAACAAAGCAAAUGGAAACGAACACUGUAUAUCCUCAAAACAAGGUUAAAACUAUAAUUUUGAUAUCAUGGAUGGUCAGUCCUUGCAUCCAUAGCUCUGUCUAUGAAUUUGAGAGUGGUUACUUUUCUCCAGCCCAAUCCCCUCAACUUUUCACCAAAAUAGUUGUUAUUGUUUCAACUGCAGAUUGCCCCUUUAACAUCUUUUGUUGUAAUGCUUUUGAUUGUAGCUUCUUUGGCAGUUUACAUUGUAUUCUUCUUUACAGUAUGAUGGCCAGAGGAGGAACAGCAUAGGAGUGUUCAGAAAGAGUGAGUAUGAGACCAAACAAUUUUUAAAAGAGUGAAAUGCGCACAUCUAGAAAACAUUUCCCAGGUGCUGGAUCCAAAAGCAAAAAAUUUAUAUAUAUAUGUUUUAAUUGGCACAUUGGUAUGCUGCUCCCACAGUGUUUAAUGAGAAACGGACAACGGUUUGACUGGGUCUUCCUCAUUACAACCCAGUUACGGGUCAAAACAUCAUUUUCUCUGUAAAACACUUCGGAAGCAGUAUACGAGUAUGUGGAUUUAUAUUUUUCUUAUCCGUGACACCAGAACAGUCCGUGGCAAUAUAGCUAUAAUAAUAAAGUAUAAUCACCUACCAACAUAAAGGCUUGCUGAAAUGUUUCAUAACUUCUUAACCCUUAACGUUACAAACCACUUGUGCCUUACUGCUUAUGUACUUGCUACGUUGUUACAUACAGUAAAUUCGGACCUCUUCCCCAAUGCAACGCUGGCUGUUGCUGUUGCCACUUUGGCUGUGCCCUGUCUCCUGACGUGCAAUCGGAAAGACUCCACGUGCAGCAACGGGUGUGCAGCGGCGCCCCUCAGCCCCACCCUGCCUGUGGAGAAAGCUGCCGCAACCAUCCAGAACCAGUUCAGGAAGUACCAGCAGAAGAAGAAGGAGACCAAGUAAAGUCACACCCGCACCACCGGAGCUCUGCAAGACAGACAGAUGGACAGACGGACACCAAUACACCCGCAGGGGACACUGACAGACAUACAGACAGACAGACAGACAGACAGACAGACAGACAGACAGAGUCCUCUCUAAAAUGUAAAGAGCAGAGGAUCAAACAUUUAAUCUAACUCCAUUACCCAUCUUACAUAGCACGUAUACCAAAGUAAAUAGUGUAGAUUGACUUUAUACAUGUCGAAUAUUUUACAGACACACAUACAUUCAACCACUCAUUUAACGCACAAAAUAUUACACACAUCCUGUAUCAUACUAUGUGACUAAAUAUAUAUGUAUGUAUGAAUAAUAUGUCCUUCAUAUGCUUAUGUACAUAUUUGUAUUUGUGAAGAUAAUUAUGUGCGAGAGUAUCUUUGCGUGUGUGUGUGUGUGUCAGCGAGCAUGUGAGAGUGUCAGCGUCUGUGUGAGAGCAUGCACAUUGUACUGUAUGUAUUGCAGUAUGUAUCAUAUUUGAAAGAUGAAUAGAUGGAUUGUAAAUGCAAAAAACAGAUACACCCAACACACUAAAUUAAACUCCUUAGUAAUCCUGGAUUGGUGUUCUUUAUGUUGUUGCACUGACCUCUUGUGUCGAGGUAAUGAAUUGCUCUAAUUUCACAUCGAUGUUAUUCCGACUGUAUAAUCAAUCAUUCUUGUGAUAUUUUCUUAAAUACACCCCUUUAUCCAGCAGAAAGGAAAGGAUGGAAAAAGGAAGACAUGACUCAUAGAAAGAUAGCUUUAUUGCACAAGGUGUUGGAGUACUCUUUUUCUGGUUUUGUUUGUUUUCAUAGAAAAAAAAAACGGUAGAGUUAAACAAGCAAUUGCAAAUUGAAGCAACUUUUCCAUAAAAGUUUAAGAACUCUGUAUUUUUUUUAACGAUUUUUCCCCUCAACCCUUUCCUUUUUAUUUUUAUAACCAACAAAUAAUUCAGAGCAUGCAAUGCCGUUUUUCCUCAACAGAAAUUUCAAAAAAAAUAAAAAAAAUAAACAAAAAAUUAAAAUCAAUACAAAGCAAUCAAUGGCCCAAAAUAUUUAAAAUCAACAAUACUUCUUGAAAAAGAGGACGCAAUUGUGAAAGCAAUAUGUGGUCCACUCUGGAUUUAUUUUGCCCCAUUCAAAAAUCGAAUUGUAAGUAGUGUUACUAUACGUCUAUAGUUUUCUUUAACCCUCUCCUGUUUCAAGUUAUAACUUUAAUCAAAGUUUACAUUGUGCCCUGGUUUCAUCUGGAGAUGUCGAAAAUAGUACGCAUUUAUACAAAACACUUUGCUAUGUACAAGUCUUUAAUAGUGGGGUAGCAAUGCUGUUGGGGCAGGAGGUGCAGGGAGGGGGGAAUCUGAGACCCUCUUGAGACCUGGUACUAACAUGUCCUGGUAAUGGAUCUGUGGUCACAUCCGGUCACACCCUAUCAAAUUGGGCUGUAGUAGACAUUUUGGGACAAAUCUGAUCACAAGACACAUGUUAUUACCAGGUGUAAAUGAGGGUCUGAUUGGUCAAAUAGGUGGGGCAAAGGUCAGGGUAGGGUGGGGAGGGGAGGGAGUUUGAUUCCUGACCCCGCCCAAUAUGCACACAGCUUUUCCUGUGAUUGGUUGGAGCUAGGGAGUCCCUGAUUCCAAAUGGCUAAACAGGCCUGCCCCUUCACGUGACACUACUGUGCGUCUCAAAGCAAACCAUUUCAAAAUAAUUGCAUAACCAAGGAAGCCAAAACAAAAUAAACAGUAUCAUAAUAAUAUCAACGGAAAGGAAAGGUUCUUCUCUCUGCAGACUCCCUGUCCUGUUCACUGUCUGCAACAGACAGGGAGCGUGAGUGUUGUCAGUUAUGAGCAGUUAUAACAGUUAUAUGUAUGUCCGGAAUAGGAGUACUGUGCAGGGACACAAUGACAAUGGUAAGACACAUGUGCUGUCUUCACUAAGUUCAGUCAUGAGACGUCAUGGAGGUUGUCAACAGAACACACCCUUGGAAGGUACAAUACAACAGGUUACAUUUGCUUCUCCCUUUGUAAUCUCUUCCUCUCUUAACACCUGAAGUAGGGUCAUACUUCUAAAUUGGCCUUAGAUUUGGGGACGUACACAAUAAGAAUGUGGGUUGGGCACUGUGGCAUUGCCCACCAAUGUUACCUGAAUCCCCAUGUGCCAGGGUUAGGUGUGCCAGGGUUAGUUGUGCCAGGGUUGGUUGUGCCAGAGUUAGGCUGUAAACUGAAAUCAACAGGGGAGGUUGCCUCAGCUAAGUGACUCAGUGCUGAAGCUGCUACUCACUAACUAUCCACUGUAACUGCUUAUAAACGGUUAAAGGUUCCCUGAAAUCUUUAUUUCUUAUGUUAGUGAUGUCCCUCACCCUUUCCACAGGUACAAUUAA